AUGGACAGAAGGUUGAUUGAGGCUGCUCAGAAGGGAGACGUUCAUCACUUGCUUAGUCUGGUCAAAGAUGAUCCAUUCCUGCUUAAGGCUGUUGCGUUAUUAGGUGGAGAAACUCCAUUACAUAUUGCUUGCAUGGGAGGCAGCCCUAAUUUUGUCAAAGAGAUCCUAAAUCUGAGGCCAGAAUUCACAAAAGAUUUGAGCAAUGAAGGUUUCAGUCCCCUGCAUAUUGCUGCAGCUAAUGGGGAUUUAGAGAUCGUAAAAGAGCUCCUGAAAAUAGAAAGGGGUGAUUGUGAAAUUGAACAAAUGCUUAGGCUAGCUGGGGCUUUAGGAGUUGAAGACAUGCACCUAGAUCAACAGGCUAUGCAAACAGAAAACAGGACUAUUGCCGCUCAGGAUGCAUCAGCACAUGGAUUGAUGAGAGAGAGGCCUCUAAAACCCUCUAAAAAAUUGCAGGAAUACUUCAAAUAUGACAAAACUAAAGACUCUCCAAGCAAAGUCAGAAAUACAUUGCUUGUUGUAGCUGUAUUAAUUGCAACUGCAACAUAUCAAGCCGUGCUUAGUCCACCCGGUAGUGUUUGGCAGGACGACUUUUGGCCUACCAGUAACACCACCACCAUCAAUGAUGCCACAAAUCCACCAGCGCACACUGCUGGAAAAGCAGUGAUGGGCACAAAAAAUAAAGUUUCAUUUGGUCUGUUCUUGCUUUUUAACUCAAUUGGGUUUUUUAUGUCUGUUCACAUGCUAUAUUUUCUCACUAUUAAUUUCCCUUUACAAUUGGAAUUGCAAGUCUCGCUUUUUGCACUCGUAGCAACAUAUGACACUUGUAUGGGUGCUAUUGCACCUAAUGGUAAACUCUCUCUAUUCUUUGUUAUCCUUUCCAUAGUUAUGCCGUUCCUGAUGAUGAUUCUGACCAAGGUGGUGAGAGAUUACCCUACGAGACGAAGAUGUGUGUCCCAAACACGGGCAACUGCUUAA